CACUCCACUUUAUACACGACACAUAGUUUCUUUAGGAUUUAUUUUCUGAUCACAACAACGUCCCUUCUUCCCUCCCUUUCCUUCUUCUCUCUGUACUUCUCUACACUCUACUCUCCCCUUCUUCUCCUUCAUCUUCCAUUGUCUUGUCUUGUCUUCUUCUCAAUCUCUCUCUCUCUCUCUCUCUCUCUCUCUCUCUCUCUCUCUCUCUCCCAAAAAUAAAAAAUAAAAAAAAAUAAAAAAACACACACACAACAAUAUUUAAUCUUCAUCAUUUCAUAGUCCCACAAUAAAAACAUCACAAACACACUUUCUCUCUUUUCUUCAUAUCUCAACCAAACACUACCUUGUUCUCUCUCACAUAAACAUAAACUUUGUUUAUUUCUUACUAAUUACAAUAAUUAUCAAGUAUUAAUCAUCAUAUAUAAUAUAUGGCUUACCAUAAUCAACAUCUUUCACAAGAACUACCACCAAUCCACCAUUUCACAGACCAAACAAAUAACAACAACAACACGUUCCGUUCCAUAUUACCAGACUCACCCGACCCUAACUCCAAACCUGAUUCCGACCCUAACCAACUCCAAACCACACCUAAUUGGCUCAAUAACGCUCUUCUUCGUAACCACUACACCGACAACAACAAUAACGACGUCACUAACGACGUUAACAACGACAACAACGUUAACGGUAACGGUGCUUCCAAUUUUCUUAAUCUCCAAACGGCUACCGACUCCGCCGCAGUUCAAAACUCCGGUCAAUGGCUUUCCCGGUCAAUUCUCCACCGUCAUCACGGUGAAGUCAUCGACGAUGUCUCCGUCUCCGUCGGCGUCGGCGGCGGGGACGAAUUAGGUGAUAUGAAAGGUGAAGGUAUCGGCGGGAAGGGAGAGACGGUGGUCGGAGAUGGCGGAGGAGGGUUAGUGAACUGGCAGAUGGGGAGGUGGAAGGCGGAGAUUAUGGCGCAUCCGUUGUAUGAACAAUUGUUGUCGGCACACGUGGCGUGUUUGAGAAUUGCAACGCCGGUGGAUCAGUUACCGAGAAUUGAUGCUCAGUUGGCACAGUCACAGAAUGUGGUUGCCAAGUAUUCGGCGUUUGGACAGAACAUCGUCGGAGUAGAUGACAAAGAACUUGACCACUUCAUGUCACACUAUGUUUUAUUGCUGUGCUCUUUCAAAGAACAAUUGCAACAACAUGUUCGCGUCCACGCAAUGGAAGCAGUCAUGGCUUGUUGGGAGAUUGAGCAAUCCUUACAAAGUCUAACAGGAGUUUCACCUGGAGAAGGUACGGGGGCAACAAUGUCCGAAGACGAAGAUGAACAAGUAGACAGUGAUGCAAAUAUAUUUGAUGGUAGUUUCGAUGGCGGUGCAGAUAACAUGGGAUUUGGUCCUCUUGUACCAACAGAAAAUGAAAGAUCUUUAAUGGAGCGCGUAAGACAAGAGCUAAAGCAUGAAUUGAAACAUGGUUAUAAGGAGAAAAUUGUGGACAUAAGAGAGGAAAUUUUACGCAAGAGACGAGCUGGGAAACUUCCUGGCGACACUACCUCUGUCCUUAAGGCAUGGUGGCAAUCACAUUCCAAGUGGCCUUAUCCUACGGAGGAAGAUAAAGCAAGGUUGGUGCAAGAAACUGGUUUGCAAUUAAAGCAGAUUAAUAACUGGUUUAUCAAUCAAAGGAAGAGGAAUUGGCACAGCAAUCCUUCAUCUUCAACUGUCUUGAAGAGCAAGCGCAAAAGGUCUCAAAACUAGUCUUUUAUUUAGGGAUAAUUGCACUAAACUCGCCUAAGAUUAACGUUUAUUACACCAACACCCUUCUUGCUAAGGAAAUCGCAUUUAUCAUCCUUGCUUUCUUAUUUUUAGGGAAACUUAGUUCAAGAUAGAGUAAAGGGGUAUGUGCAAACUAUGUAGCACCGACACUUCAGAUUGAAACCGUGUCAGGUGUUCGACACUUGUUAGUAUUUGACGUUGACAUGAGUCGAAGUCUAUAUCAGUGUCAAUAUCAUAUUUGUGUCUGUGUCAGUGCUUCAUAGUGUGCAAUACCUUCUUUAACAAAGAUGGUUGACUUGGUAAAGAGCAACAUAUAAAGUAAAGGAUGUUGAUGUAAUUUCACUAACAAAAAGGGAUGUCAGUGUAAUAAACCAUAACCUUAAGAGGUCUUGUGCAAUUUUAUUUGCACUAGCUUUACACAAAUCUUAAUUUGAAGUAAGUAAUGCUGGUCAUAACAUUGUUGAUGUUUACAUGUAAAUGAAGCAAGUGUCAAAAACCAAUCCUCAUGGCCUGCUAAUGGUUUUAGUAUAAUGCUACAUAAUUAGGAACUUCCAUUAGAAAUAUAUGGGAAACAAAUUUGGUAAAUCAAUAGAAUUAUGAAUUUUGUACACAUUUUAAUGUUUUGUGAAUUUUGUGUAUGUAUAAUAUUGAGGGGGUUGUUUGGUAUCAAUUAAUUAAAUACUAUUAUUAGCU